AUGAGCAACACCACCACCAACACAACUCUCAACGAUGAAACUCAAUCAAUCAUUCUCUUCAAUCUUCUUAUCAAAACCUUCGCACAAUGUCUCGAUGGUUUUUCAUGGAUCAUGGGCAACAUCGGUGCCAUUUGUACUUGCAUUGUGUUUUCUCAACCAACAUUCCGAAAGAAUCCAUGUGCCAUCUAUUUCAUCGCUUCCAGCCUCUCGCAGAUACUCGUUUUCAACUUUGCUGUGUUCAUUCGAAUGAUCCAGUAUGGUUAUGCUGUUCCGGUUAAUUCUGUUCCUUCAUGGUUCUGUAAGAUGCGUUUCUACAUAUUUUAUG